GUUGGUAACACGUCUAGCUCUAGAUUCUCUAUACUCUAUGUUUAUAUAGAUCUUGUAAGUUAAGUUAAAAACGUAAACAUUCAAGCAUGGAGUCGCAAGAAGAGGAACCCAUGCAGUUGGACAACAUUGCGUCAGUUAAAAAGAAAAAAGCCCCACAACAAUCAGUAUACAUCCCAGGGAGAACUCAGUUAGAUGAGGACGAAGAACUUGUAGCCGAUGAGUCAACAUACAUCAUGCUUCAUCAUGCUACGACUGGUAAUCAAUCAAUGAAUCAUCACAAUAGUGAUCCUUGUUUAAGUUUUGAAGUCUUAAAAGAUGAUCUUUUGGAAAACAGAGAAAAAUUUCCACUUACAUCCUAUUUAUUGGGUGGCACACAGUCUGAAACUGGACAUUUUAACUAUUUACUUGUUAUGAAAAUGGCUAAUCUGCACAAAACUCUAAAAGAGCAUAAUGUUGAUGAUGAUGAUGAGAGUGAAGAAGAGAGUGAAACUGAUGAGGAAGAUAAUGAAACUGGAUUAAAUAAGAAACCACAACUAUAUCAAACUAUGAUCAAGCAUAAUGGAUGUGUGAACAGAGUUAAGUCAACUACAGUCGAUAGUCAUGUACUGUCCGCAUCAUGGUCUGAGAAUGGCAUUGUCUACAUUUAUGAUGUGACAUCACAUCUAAGUAUUCUGAACACACCAGACAGAGUUGCAGAAUUUGAAAACAUAAAUAUUCAUACAAGUCCUAUGUUUUCUUUUGAAGGUCAUAACAUUGAAGGCUAUGGACUAGCUUGGUCAAAACUUGAUUUAGGAAGACUUUUGACUGGAGAUUGUAACAAAAAUAUCCAUCUUUGGCAGCCAACCGAAAGUACUUGGAAGGUUGAUCUUCGUCCAUUUGAGGGACAUAAAGCAUCUGUAGAGGACAUUAAAUGGUCUCCUAAAGAAAAUAAUGUUUUCAUGACAUGCUCUGUUGACAAAAGCUUACGUGUAUGGGAUGCUCGCUCUCAGCCAAGUAAAGCUUGUAAACUUGUUGCACAUGAUGCACACCUAAGAGAUGUUAAUGUCAUUGACUGGAGUGAAUUUGAACCAUUGGUGAUAUCGGGUGGUGAUGAUGGUCUGAUUAAAAUUUGGGACCUUAGGAGAUUCACAGAUGGUAAAGAGGUUGCAGUAUUUGAACAUCAUAAGGGAUCCAUCACCUCUGUGGAAUGGAAUCCUAUGGACAGUUCAGUUUUUAUUGCAUCAGGCUCUGAUGAUCAAGUUACCAUAUGGGAUGUUGCAGUUGAACGAGAUGAAACAGCAGAAGAUCAAGAAGAACCAGAUGUGCCAGCUCAGUUGCUCUUCAUGCAUUUAGGCCAGAAAGAUAUAAAGGAGGUGCAUUGGCAUCCCCAGAUACCUGGAUUAAUUUUUUCUACAGCGCAAUGUGGAUUUAAUGUGUUCAGAACAAUAAGUGUUUAAUGUUUGAUAAUUAUGAUUUGUGACAAUCUAGAUUUUAAACAGAUUAUUUUUAAAAAUGUGUACCAAUUAUAGUUGGUUGCUAAACUAUAGUAGCAUUUAUUAUGGUAAACAUUCAGUAUGUACUUACAGUAAAUAAAAAGUUAGAUAACUUUAUACAAGAGUAUCUAAAUAGUUUCAAGCUUCUCAUUGUCUCUGAUUUCACAGGGUUUUUUAAAAUUGAUUUUACAUUUUCUUAGGUAACCAGAGUGUCGGACAUUAUGUCUUGUCAAUCUUUCUCUACCAAGGAUUUAUAGUUCAUGGAUGGCUAGGGGCCAAAAAAACAAACAAUAAAUUAAGCCUUUUGUUAUAGAACAUAUGAAUUUCUAUAGGAUCUAUACAGAUUUUGGAGUAAAUUUUAAUUAACAUAAUGGUUACACAGUGUUUGUGAUUUGUGUCAUUAAAUAAAUACCUGGUAUAGACUAGUAUAAGUGGUUAUGAUUUUUUGUUCAUCUCUAAGUCUUGUCUUUCAGUUUUCAUUAGUUCAUAUUUUCUUUUUACUUUAUUAUUUUGACAGCUAGUAGAAAGGAUAGAGUUUCACAGUUAUGGUAUGAAUAUGACCCAAAAUGCAAAAUGUUAAUACUUGAGAUAGGUUGUAGGUUUAUAAGUUCAGGAUUGUUAAUGAACUAAAAGAAUUAUUGAACCUUUUUUUUUUAACUCACCCUUUGAGUUGGUUACUACUAUGAAUUGUUAUUGAUAUAUUUUUUCUAGUUUUACGUAGAGUUCACAUAUUUCAUGUUAAUUGGUGUCAAAUAAAGAACACAAUAUUUGCAAAUAGUAAAAAAUAAAGCCCAUAAAUUGGUGGCAAAAACUUAUAUGGUAGACUUGAUUUGUGCUCUCUAUUUACGAUGGAGUUUUAAUGUAUACAAAUAUGUACAUUAAAUGUCAACUGAUUUUA